AUGUCCGCCAACCCUCUGCUUCAGCAGAGCACUCUGCAGUACCAAUACCCGCCCUUUGACCAGAUCACUGUGGAGCACUACGCACCCGCAUUCGAGCAGGGCAUGGCGGAGCAGAUGGCGGAGAUCGAGGCGAUCAAGUCCAACCCUGACGCACCUACCUUUGAAAACACAGUUGUGGCACUGGAGCGGAGCGGGGGGCAGCUUAGGCGCGCACGCCUGGUCUUCCAAAACCUCUGCUCUGCACACACGAACCCGGACAUGCAAAAUCUCGAGCAAGCCUACGCCCCAAAGUUCUCCCUCCAUACAGACAAGAUCUACCUUGAUAGCGCCUUGUACAACCGCAUCAAGGCUGUGUACGACGAGCGUGCCAGUCUCGCUGGUGAAGACUUGCGGCUGGUGGAGCAUUACGAGGAGGAGUUUCGCAAGGCCGGUGCCGCCCUUCACGAUGCGGACAAGGAGAAGCUGAAGCAGGUGAAUGAGCGCCUCGCCACCCUCGAGAGUGAUUUUACCAAGAAGGUGACGGACACGCGCAAGACCGCCUCGCUCAUCGUGGAUGACGUCGCCGAGCUGGAGGGCCUCAGCGAGGACGAGAUUGCGACGGCUCAGAGGGAGGCGGAGAGCCUCGGGCACCCUGGAAAGUACGCAUUGAUUAUCGUGAACACGACUCAGCAGCCGCUGCUGGCGUCUCUGCGGAGCCGCGAGACGCGCCGCCGCCUGUUCGAGGCGAGCGUGCAGCGCACUGGACGCGGUGACGAGAAUGACACCGGCGCCAUCAUCGUGGAGAUUGCGCAGCUUCGACUGAAGAAGGCGAAGCUGCUCGGCAAGAAGAGCUUCGCUGAGUGGCAGCUCCAGAACCAGAUGGCCGAUCCGGCAUCUGCGGAGGCCUUGCUGCGCGAUAUGGGCAAAGCAGCGGCGUCGAAGGUGAAGAAGGAGGCGGCUGACAUCAAGCGAAUGAUUCGCGAGGAGGGUGGGGACUUCGAGCUGGCGCCCUGGGACUGGGGCUACUACGCGGAGAGGGUGCGCAAGCAGCAAUACGACCUCGACGAAAACGAGACGAAGCCGUACUUUGAACUAAACAACGUGCUUGAGCGUGGCGUGUUCCACACAGCGGAGAAGCUGUACGGCGUGACGAUGCGGCGGCGCACGGAUCUGCCGGUGUACCACCCCGACGUGAUGACGUUUGAGAUGUUUGACUGCACGGGUGACUCUCUCGCCAUUUUCUGCCUCGACCCGUACGCGCGCGCAAGCAAGCGCGGUGGUGCAUGGAUGACCUUCUAUGUUCGCCAGAGCACUCUCCUUGGCCAGAAGCCGGUCGUGUACAAUGUGCUGAACAUUGUGAAGCCCGCGGAAGGCAAGCCAGCCUUGCUGAGCCGCAAUGAUGUGACGACACUCUUUCACGAGUUCGGCCACGGACUUCAUGGCAUGCUAAGCAACCUCAAGUACUCGACUCUUUCAGGCACAAACGUCGCCCGCGACUUCCUCGAGUUUCCAUCGCAGAUCAACGAGCACUGGGCUACGUACGACGCCGUGCUGAGGAACUACGCCCUUCACUAUGAAACCAAGGAGCCGAUCCCUCAGGCGCUGGUGGAUCGCAUGAAGGCGGCCGAGACACACGGCGCCGGCUUUCACACCAUUGAAGUGGUCAAGGCGGCGUACCUCGAUCUCUGCUGGCACCUGGUUGCGGAGGAAACGGCUGUGCUGCCACCGGCACAGAUGGAAGAGGCGGCGAUGAGGUCCUUUGGUGUUGGGAUGACUGAGGUGCCGCCACGCUACCACAGCGGGUACUUCAUGCACACUUUCUCUGGCGCAUAUGCCUCGAACUACUACGUGUACCAGUGGGCGCGUGUGCUGGACUGCGACGGGUUCGAGUGGUUCCUGGAGAACGGGGGACUGACGCGCGAGAACGGUGACCACCUGCGCGCGUGCGUGCUCUCUGUGGGCAACUCGGUGGACGCAAACGUUGCGUACGAGAAGUUCGCCGGCCGAAAGGCAAGCAUGAAGGCGUUCCUGCGUCUCCACGGCCUGCUGGAGGAAUAG